AUGAUCGGCCCCCCGCCCUCGUUCUACGACCCCAACCAGGCGAUCGUCCCAGAGGGCCCUGACUAUCAGCAGUGGAUCAUGGCCAACUACGGCACAGGGAGCGGCACGCAGUUCGGAUACGGCCAGGGCCAGACAGCCGGUAACGUCCCGUUCCAGCCCCAGUCCCAGCUCCAUCAUGUCCCCGCCCCCGCCCCCGCGCCCACGCAGAACCAGUACAACUUCGUGCAGGAGCAGUAUGGGCCUGAGUCGGGCUCCUCCUACGACUCCCACCUCGUUCGGCAGCAGCAGCAACAACAACAGCAGCAUGCUGCCGCCGAUCGCCCACAGCGCGGCCUCCCAGGAACCCGUAUCUCCCGCCGUGGAGGCGGUGGCGCUGCAGUAACUUAUCCCCCCGCACCCCAGCUGAGGAUGCCCGGGCAGCCGUUCUCGCAGUCCCAGCAGCAGUCCCCACCGCACGGGCAAUCGUCGUUCAUCCAGUCGCCAGCGAGCAACGACGGGUACUUCUAUUCGGGGUCUGCGGGAGACGCCCCACAGGCCCCUCCGCCUCAACAGCAGCACUCGUCGUACAACUUCGUUGGGUAUCAGCCUGAUCAGUACGCGUCCUCAACGACGUACACGCCAAGCUCGGAGUUCACGAACCUGCCUUCCUCUGUGUCGACCCCUUCGGUGGGUGGUACCGACGACGGGCACGGGCAGACUCAUGCUUAUCCCCCCUUGGCAUCUCAGCACGGCCCUUCAUCUGCGAACGUGCAACAUCCCGGAUCGUCCUCCCGCCGCCCCUCCGGCAGCGGAGCGCGGGGCGGGGCAGGCCGCGGGCGCGGCGGUAAGACAAGCAAGCGCGCUCGGGUCGACGACUCGCAAGACGGCGGCGAGAGCGACUCGGGCUCCGACGACGACAUGCCUCUCGGAACGGGGUUCGCGACGGCCAGCGUGCCCCCGCCCGGGGGCCAGGGCUCGCUGCCCUCCCGGCUGUGA